AUGAGCACCGUGGACAAGAUGCUGGUCAAGGGGAUUCGGAGCUUCGAUCCGGACAAUAAGAACGUCAUCACCUUCUUCAAGCCGCUCACCCUCAUAGUCGGCCCCAACGGUGCUGGCAAGACCACGAUCAUCGAGUGCCUGAAGCUUUCUUGCACCGGCGAGCUGCCCCCCAACUCCCGCUCUGGCCACACCUUCGUCCACGACCCCAAGGUGUCUGGUGAGACGGAAACAAAAGGACAGAUUAAGCUGCGGUUUAAGACUGCAGCAGGAAAGGAUGUGGUGUGCAUCCGGUCCUUCCAGCUUACCCAAAAGGCAUCAAAGAUGGAGUUUAAGGCAAUUGAAAGCGUCCUCCAGACUAUAAAUCCACACACAGGGGAGAAGGUCUGCCUCAGCUACAGAUGUGCGGACAUGGAUAGAGAGAUUCCUGCCUUAAUGGGUGUUUCUAAGGCUGUACUGGAGAAUGUUAUAUUUGUUCACCAAGAUGAAUCCAAUUGGCCAUUGCAGGACCCGUCAACACUUAAGAAGAAGUUUGAUGACAUCUUCUCUGCCACCCGCUAUACCAAAGCUCUUGAAGUCAUAAAGAAACUUCACAAGGAUCAAAUGCAAGAGAUCAAGACUUUUAGGUUAAAGCUAGAGAACCUUCAGACUGUAAAAGACCAAGCACAUAAGCUGCGUGAAAAUAUUGCUCAAGAUCAAGAAAAGUCAGAUGCCUCAAAAUCUCAGAUGGAGCAACUGAAGGAAAAGAUCCGUGGUAUCGAGAGCGAAAUCCUGCAAAUGGAAACACGUUUGGAUGAAUUGAGAAGACUUCAGGGGCAAAUUAACACCAAGGCAACGGAGAGAAGUACAUUAUUUACGCUUCAGCAGCAACAGUAUGCUGCACUUUCUGAGGAAAAUGAAGAUACUGAUGAGGAACUAAUGGAAUGGCAAACAAAAUUUGAAGAAAGGAUCGUGUUACUAGAAACAAAAAUCAGUAAACUUGGAAGAGAUAUGGAAGAUGAAGCAUCAAAUAGCUCCCGUCUGUCCAAACAAUAUUCUGAAUUAACACAUGAUAUAGGAAAGCUCCAGGCAGAAGCUGAUGCUCACCAGAAUAUGAAGGAUGAACGAGAUAUGGACAUAAAAAAUAUAUUCACUAAACAUAAUCUUGGGCCGGUUCCUGAAUCUCCCUUUACGAAUGAUGUUGCUAUGGACCUUACAAACAUGAUUAAAGCGAGACUCUCAAAUCUUGAGAAUGAUUUGCAGGAGAAGAAGAAAUCCAAUGAAGAUCAGUUAGAUGUUUUGUGGAAACGCUAUCUUAAAAUAAAUGCUCGGUACUCUGAAGUUGAUGGUCAGAUACAAUCUAAGACUGAAUCCAUGUCAGGCAUUUUAAGACGGAGAAAAGAUAAAGAGAAAGAACGUGAUGCUGCAGAAGUGGAGCUUUCAAAACUUAAUCUGCCCCGUAUUGAUGAGAGGGAGAGAUAUAUGCAAAUUGAAGUUGAGAGGAAGACACUUGCCCUUGGAGAAAGAGACUAUGAUUCAAUUAUAAAUCAGAAACGAACAGAAAUGUUUAGUUUGGAUCAGAAAAUAAAAGUACUUCAGCGGGAGAAAGAUACAAUAAAUAGAAAUGCUGAUGAAAGAGUAAAACUGGGUUUGAAGAAGGAUGCAUUGGAAAGCAGCAAGGAUAAGCUCAAUGAGAUAGUUAAUGAGCAUAAGGACAAAAUCAGAAGGGUUCUUAGGGGGAGGCUUCCUUCUGAGAAGGAUAUGAAGAAGGAGAUCAAUCAAGCCUUUUGGCCUGUGGACAAGGAAUACAAUGAGUUAAAAUCAAAAUCCCAGGAAGCAGAGCAAGAACUUAAAUUGACUCAGAGCAAAGUAACUGAUGCUAGAGAACAAUUGACAAAACUUCGAAGAGAGAUGGAUGCAAAGAGAAGAUUCCUGGAAUCGAAACUUCAAUCUAUUUUACAGAUAUCUGCUAACGUUGACAUGUUUCCCAAGGUUCUGCAAGAUGCCAUGAACAAAAGAGAUGAGCAGAAAAGAUUAGAGAAUUUUGCAAAUGGAAUGCGGGAAAUGCUUGCACCUUUUGAACAUUUGGCUCGUCAGAAUCAUGUAUGUCCAUGCUGUGAACGUGCUUUUACACCCGAUGAGGAGGAUGAGUUUGUGAAGAAACAAAGGAUGCAAAACUCAAGUACUGCAGAGAGAUCUAAAGCUCUGGCAAUGAAAUCAUCAGAUGCUGAAGCCAUUUUUCAGCAAUUGGAUAAACUUCGUACUAUCUAUGAUGCUUACAUGAAGCUGGUAGAAGAAACCAUACCUCUAGCAGAGAAAAAUUUGAAUCAACAUUUGGCGGAUGAAAGUCAGAAGGCGCAGACAUUUGAUGAUCUUUUGGGUGUUCUUGCCCAAGUUAAAAUGGACAGGGAUGCAGUGGAAGCCCUGUUACAACCCACUGAUACUAUUGACAGGCAUGUACGUGAAAUACAACAGCUAGUCCAAGAAGUAGAAGAUCUUGAAUAUACACUUGAUUCUAGUGGGCAAGGUGUCAAGUCUUUGGAGGAAAUUCAACUGGAGCUGAACUCUCUGCAGAGAACAAGGGACACAUUGAGUAUCGAAGUGGAUGAUCUUAGGGAUCAGCAUAGAAUUCUAAAUGAAGAUCUGUCAACUGCUCAGGUGAGAUGGCACACUGCUCGGGAAGUGAAGGUGAAAGCUUCAAACAUAUUGGAAAGAUUCCAAAAAUCUGAAAAGGAAUUGGUGGUUCUAGCUGAGGAAAAAGAACAGCUGAUCGUAGAAAAGAAGCUUUUAGAAGAGUCUCUUGAUCCAUUGUCCAAAGAGAGAGAGAGCUUGUUGCAAGAGUAUAAUGCUUUGAAGCAAAGGUUCGAUGAAGAGUAUCAUCAGCUGGCAGAAAGAAAAAGGGACUUCCAGCAAGAACUUGAUGCACUUGGAAGACUCAAUAUGAAGAUCAAAGGGUACUUGGAUUCCAAGAAAAUCGAAAGGCUUAAGGAAUUGCAGGGAAAGCAUGCUCUUUGCUAUUCUCAGUUGCAGAACUGCAAGGCAAAACACAAAGACAUAUCAGCUGAGUUAAACAAGAACAAAGAACUACAGCAGGGCCAGGGACAGUUGAAAAGAAACAUUGAUGACAAUCUCAACUACAGGAAAACAAAGGGUGACGUGGAACGACUUACUCGUGAUAUAGAAUCACUUGAAGAGAGGGUGCUUUCAAUAGGUAGCUCGUCUGCUAUAGAAGCUGAUUUGAAGCGUCAUUCUCAAGAAAAAGAGAGGCUUAAUUCAGAGUUUAACAGGUGUCAAGGAACACUUUCUGUUUAUCAAAGUAAUAUUUCAAAGCACAAACAAGAGCUUAAACAGACACAGUACAAGGAUAUUGAGAAGCGAUAUACUAAUCAACUUCUCCAACUUAAGACAACUGAAAUGGCAAACAAGGACUUGGACAGAUAUUAUACUGCUUUAGACAAGGCUCUUAUGCGGUUCCACAGCAUGAAGAUGGAGGAGAUAAAUAAAAUAAUCAAGGAACUGUGGCAGCAGACAUACAGAGGCCAGGAUAUUGAUUACAUAAGCAUAAAUUCUGAUUCUGAGGGUGCUGGCACUCGAUCAUACAGCUACCGUGUUGUUAUGCAAACGGGUGAUGCUGAGCUGGAAAUGCGAGGGCGCUGCAGUGCUGGUCAGAAGGUUCUUGCUUCUCUUAUAAUCAGACUAGCACUUGCAGAAACUUUCUGUCUGAACUGCGGCAUAUUGGCUUUGGAUGAGCCAACUACGAAUCUAGAUGGUCCAAAUGCGGAGAGCCUUGCUGCUGCUCUGUUGAGAAUAAUGGAAGCCAGGAAAGGGCAGGAGAACUUCCAGUUGAUUGUAAUCACUCAUGACGAGAGAUUUGCCCAUCUUAUUGGUCAAAGGCAGCUUGCUGAGAAGUACUAUCGCGUCUCCAAGGAUGAAAACCAGCACAGCAUAAUUGAAUCCCAAGAGAUAUUUGACUGA